AUGGAUGGACCUGUAGCAGUUAGUAUACGGCAUAUUUUGGUUUUGUUUGUUGUCAUUUUUGAACCAACAUCAGUCGAGUCAGAAUACUUUGUCCGCACAUGCAAGACGAGUAGCGGUAAAACGUUUUCCGGCUGGGACUGGGUGGUGACAAAUGAGCAGAAAGAAACUUACUUCAUCAAUAUAUGUGGCCAUGCCAAGUGUUCGACUCAACAAAAGAACAUAGCGAUUUGCAAAAAAACAUCAAGUGGCACAACAGAGAAUUAUGCUAGCUGCAAAGGAAAGUUGCAAACGCAGAUCACUUUUCAUUGUGACAAAAUACUGGGUUCACCCGAACUCGUUGAUGACAAUGGAUGUGUUUUGAAUAUCGAGUUUUUUACGAAGGAAGCUUGUGAAGGCAAGAAGGAUGCUGUGACCGAAAUACCUUGCGUUGCAUACAAUCCCAAUGAUAACAAUAAAACAGAUCUCUCGCCUUUGAUUAAGGUCUCAGGUGGUCAUAGAGUAUCGAGCGAUGUUUGGGGUGUAGAAAUGUACAUUAACGUUUGCCGUGACAUAACGUUCAAUGCACAAGUUCCUGAGAACGCUUGUUCCCCUGGUAGCUCGUCUGCUUGUCGCACAGCCAUCUCAAAAUCCGUUGGAAGGAUCACGAAAGAUACGAAGCUUGCUUAUGUUGAUGGUAAAUUGAAACUUGUUUACAAUACGAGCGAUGCCAGCCGUGGUUGCCCAAACGGUGUUGUCACUGAAAUUGUAUUCAUUUGCAAUCGAGAAUUUUCAGCAGGUGGCACCGGUCCCGUUCUGAUCUCAAACGUUACUGCAUCAACGCCAGUCUGCGUGUAUGAGAUCAUCUGGAGAACUGGUCAUGCUUGUCCCAAUAAUGAUAUCAUCACUGACGAAUGCAAAUUCAGCAAUGGCGAAGUAAGCUUUGAUCUCACGAAACUGGAGAAACCAUUUAAAGAAUACAGCUAUCAAGUACUCUCGAAGAAAUAUGAGUACAGGAUCAAAGUAUGCCGUAAUGGACAAGCUUGUGGUGACGAUGUUGAAGGAAAAAGGACUGCAGUGUGUCAAUUCGACAACAAAACAGGAGCUGCCGUGUCAUGUGGGAGUGCCAAAGACCCCAGCAUACGUUAUGCGGACGGAGUACUUACUCUCGUGUACAAAGGAGGAAAGCCAUGUAGCAGCUCCAUACGUCGUCGAACCAUCAUCACCUUUCGAUGCGACGCGAGCGUCGACGUAGGCGAGCCGACUUUCGUCGAAGAAAGUCAUUGUUAUUACUAUUUCGAGUGGAAGACGCGUCACGUGUGCCCGUCGCGGAAGCCCGGUGUCUGUUCGGUUAUCUCGAAAGAUGGCAAUACCUACGACUUAUCCGUUCUCACAAUAGUGGACGAUAGUCCGUGGCUGGCGCUCAAUGAACGCUCCCGCGCCGUAGGAAGUAUUUUUCUUAUUAACGUUUGUGCGCCCUUACCCAAGAUAAAGUAUCGUGAAUGUGAAGGAGCUGCAGCAUGCGAGAUAAAGAACAACAAAGCGACACCAAUAGGAAAUUAUAUCAAUGGUCCCGAUCCAGAAACUUUACAGCUCGUGUACAAUGCCGGCAAAUGUCCACAUAUUGCUGGCAAGAAUUUAACGACUACAAUAAAAUUUCUCUGCAAGAUUGGGGACUUGCAGAGUCCACCCGAGCUCGAAUCGAAAUCCUGGAACGGAUGUGAAUAUGUUUUUACUUGGAAAACAGCGGCCGCCUGUCGUUUACAUGUGAUAAGUGGUGUUGGAUGUACAUUGGAGGAUACUGUCACCGGUAAUGUUUACGAUCUUACGCCUUUGGCUGCGGGUGGUGCUUUUUAUAACAUCACCAAAGGUGGAUUUAAGUACAACAUCAAGGUGUGCAAUAAGAAUGGUUUGGACAAAUCUAUAUGUGGUAAUAAGGUUUCAGUCGGAGUUUGUCAAAAAUCACUAAAAAAAGAUGGUAAAGUUUUGAAUGCCGGCCAAGUUCACGACAAUCUCUACUACUAUGAUGGCGUGUUAAAGAUGAAGUUUGUCGGUGGUGAUCAAUGCAGCCUUAAAACGAAACCAAAUCGCAUGUCUUACAUCACGUUCUUUUGCGAUGAAAACGCUGGUCGAGGCAAUCCUGUAUUCAUCCGCGAAACUUACUGCACAUAUUAUUUUGCUUGGUACACAAAAUACGCGUGUCCUCUGAAGUCUAUUGAAUGCAUCGUGAAAAACGACGAAGGAAACGUGUACGACCUGUCUCCAUUGGUAAAGACAAAGAACAACUGGCUAGUGAUAUCCAAAGACGAACAGACCCAAUACUUCAUCAACGUUUGUCGCGUGUUGCAUCGCAAUAAAGCAGUGACCGAGUGUCCAGCUGAAAGUGCCGUCUGCCAAAUAAAAGCCAAUAAAAAAGCAACAAAUAUAGGUAGCCUUGUCUCGCCUUUAACUGUUACACCCAAAGGAUUGCCCGUACUGCAAUAUCAAAAUAGUAAAUACGGAUCAAUUAUAACGUUUUUGUGUGAUAAACGGGGUAAGGUUGGUAAACCGGAGUUAGACAGCUCAGACAAUAACUUGUUUUCCUUCACUUGGCAAACCAAAUACGCGUGCGCAGUUAAACCAAAGGUUGAAAAUGGUUGUGAUGAUGACGUGACCAGGUUGUCCGUUUUGAGGACAACAGACAGGACAGGUUACGAAAUCACCAUUCCCAACACAAAAGACACGGUUCACUUGGAUAUAUGUCAAAACGUUAAAAGUUGUGGCAGUAGAAAGCCAUCCACUGCAUGUCUUGUGAAGGAUGGAAAGAUAACAUCUCUCGGACGUUCCGAUAAAAGCUACAUCGAACAUGAUUUGGAUGUUACGACUUUGACGUACCCCGGUGGUGACAAAUUCGAAACUAAACAAUAUGUUGCAUAUUACAAAACCAAGAUCAAUUUUAUCUGCACACCUAACAUCACGCGAGGUAGUCCUGUAUUCCUUAAGAAGGAAGGUUAUGUCUAUUAUUUUGAGUUCGGCACGUCUGCCAUUUGCAACUUUGACGAUGUGGAGUGUGUCGUCCGUUACGGUAAAGAUACCUACGAUCUGAGCCCUCUUAAACUGCCAAACGGUAACUGGAUGGCUGAAGAUACACGUUCCCACUUGGAUUACUAUAUAAACGUUUGCAGUAGUUAUUCAUCGGCAAACGUGCAGCCGAAAUGCUCAGCGAAUGCUGGAGUCGGUGGAUGCCAAAUAGAUACCAAAAGUAGUAAAUCACACGACAUGGGUCACGUGGGUAGCCGCCCUUCAGUGUCGUCGGAAGGUCAUCUGACGUUGCGGUAUAUCGGCGGGGAGAAAUGUCACCAAGGGAAGUAUUUCCGUAGCACAAGAAUAAACUUCUUUUGCUCCGACGUUCACGGCUCGCCCGUUUACAUGGCCGAAACCGCAUCAUGCGAAUACCUUUUUAAUUGGAAAACUCCAGCAGCUUGUCCUCUCAAACACUUUCAAGGUGCACAUUGUCAGGUUUACGAUGAAAAUUACGACUUCAAUUUUGAUCUCACUUCGCUGACCAAAGAUAAUAACAAAUCCAUCGAGAAGAAUCUCAAGUACCGCGGGAACUUUUGUGGAAAAAGAAGUUCUUUUUGCUCCCUUCAAGGCCAGAGUUCGACCGUAAUCUUUAAUUUUGAAAGCCUACAGUAUUACAAUGGAAAAAUUUUGUUCAACUACACGAGCUCAAGUGAUGCGAGCAAACUGGUCAACGAGAUAUCAUGUGACAUAACAGAAGAGAAGGUUAAAUACAUGGGUUAUAUACAAAAUGGAAAGAACUAUAGUUUGCUGUGGGGCAGCAAGCUGGCAUGCCCCCCCGUAACGGGAGAGGAAUGUAGUAUCACACGCGAUGGAGCGCUGUACGAUCUUACCGUACUUGCCAAAGAAAAGUGGAAUUGGAUUGCAAGGAAUGAUUUGAAGAAUUUCGGUUUUCAGGGUUGUCAAUUCUAUUUCUCUGUGUGUAAAUCACUGAAGAGAAUUCCUGGUUUAUCUAGAAAGGGAUCUAGAGCUGCUAUGGUUAAUGGUAAAGGAAAAGUAACAAGUCUUGGAACGAUGAUUAAACCUCUCAACAUUUCGAAUGGUUAUCUCACAAUGGUUUAUGGUAAUGGUGAUGUGUUCCAUCAUUGUAAAAACCUACAAACAACUAUUCAAUUUGUCUGCGAUGAUGUCGUACCCGAGGGUUGGGCUCGGGCCGAUUGUUGACGGGUUCGAUGUCGGUGCAUGUGCUCUUCACGUGACCUGGUUAACUCGUGCCGCAUGUAAAGUACGCAGUCUCGACGCGCCUCCUGCAAAUUUACCACCUUGUGCAGCAAUCCAUCCAGCUACGAGGAAGGUCAUC